AUGAUGGGUAUAUAUGGCAGGCAAGCAGUCUUUAUAAUAAAUCAAGCAAUGGCGGACGUGCAAACAGAGAAGGCCUAUAUGAGACAGGAUGGUGUAUCUCUUAAAAGCAAGAAGUUCUUUGCCAAAAAAACAGCCAAAGGAGUGAGAUACUGGAAGAAUGUCGGCUUGGGAUUCAAGACUCCUAAAGAAGCCAUAGAAGGGAACUAUGUUGACAGAAAAUGCCCAUUCACAGGAGAAGUUUCAAUCAGAGGAAGAAUCCUUAAAGGGAUGGUCAUUUCUACCAAAAUGAAGCAUACAAUCAUUAUCAGAAGAAAUUACCUUCACUACAUUCCAAAAUACAAGAGAUUCGAGAAGAGACACAAGAACAUCCCAGCUCACUGCUCACCUGCUUUUUCUCAUGUGAAAGAAGGAGAUAUUGUCACAAUUGGACAAUGCAGACCUAUUUCCAAGACUGUCAGAUUCAAUGUGCUCAAGGUCCAGCCUAACCAAAUCUUUGGCUCAGCCAGAAAACAGUUCGUCUUAUUCUAA